AUGGUCAGCAACGUCAUGAUCCCGAAUAUUUUUGUCCCGCCGCUCAUGUUUGUCGGGUUGCUUGUGACGCUCUGGGCUUGGAAAUGCUUCUGGAUUAUCAUGAUGCAGGACCGGCUGCUCUACAUGUCCUGGAUGCCUCCCUUCGCGCGAUCCGAGAAAAUGGAGGAUUAUCAGGCCGAGUGUCGACCUGUGCAGUGGCAGGAGACGACCAUUCGGAGUCUGGACCGGACUAAGUUGGCCCUCUGCAUCGGGACUCUUCCUGGCAAGGAGGAUGCAGCGUCUCAUCCUUCUUCCUUGCGGUCUGCUUCUCUUCCGCCAAACCAUCGCAGGCAGAAGAUAGUGAUCUGCUACUUCCAAGGCAAUGGAGGAUCCAUGCCACCACGCCUGCCCAUCCUGUCCACUGUGCUGCGAGCGCUGGCUUCCCCCUCACAGUCCUCCGCGCCUGCUGCAUCCGAUGACUACACCCUGGUUGCCCUAUCCUACCGCGGAUAUUGGAAGUCCUCCGGUCGCGCGUCUCAGAGGGGCAUUGAGCGGGACGCCCAAGCUCUCCUGGACUGGGUCACUGAAACCUACUCUUCCCCCGAUACCGACCUCCGAGUCGUCCUAUGGGGUCACAGCCUGGGCUCGGCAGUGGUCAGCCAUACGACGGCCACGUAUCUCAACCGUCUAACGAGCAGCUCGAGUGAGAAUCGCGACCCUACGCACUCGAUCGCCGGGAUCGUGUUGGAAACUCCGUCAACCAGCACCAAAGAUGUCUUGAAACACCUAUACCCGCAAAGGUGGCUACCGUAUCGCUACCUGUGGCCGUUUCUGUGGAACAACUGGAGUAGCGCCGCCGCAGUGGAACGAAUUGCCCGCUGGCGAGACGAGAACCCGGGUCAGCACAGAGUCGCUCCACCGAUCUUGAUGCUCGUAGCCGAAGCCGACGAGAUGAUCCCGUCCCAGGCGGCGGAUGAGCUGGAAGGGUCAUGUCAACGGCUGGGCCUAAAUGCCGAGCGGAAGAGCGUCGCGGGGGCGCUGCAUACCGAGGCGGUCUUGAAGCGUGAGGGGCGAGAUACAUUGUUGCGAUUUAUCCGGAGGGUGACCGAGAGGUGA